AUGGAUGCUGCAAGAAAAGGUAAAGAGAAGGUUACUGAAGAAAAUAUUUGGAAAGAAAAAGAAGAAGAGGAGGAGGAGAAACGAAGGCAGGAAUUAGCCAAAUAUAUGCUCCAAAGGUUCCCAGAUGUUGCCACUGCAGACCACGACACAAAACUCGAAAGAUUAGAACAAUGCCUCAGGGAACUAGAGUGUGAAGAGCAGCAGAAUGUGGUAAAGAAGCAGUUACAUGACCCCUGGAAAAUAAAGGUACCCUUGCAACUGUGUGAUUUGAUGGACAAAGUGGUGCUAUCUGGUACGGCAUCUGAAGAUGAGACUGAAGAAAAGGGAUAUGAAUUUGAGGUUUUGGAUGUGGACACAAACACCAAGCACACUCUCCGUUUAGUCAAAAGGACAAAUUCUAUUGUUUUCACGGGCAACUGGACCAAAGAUUUUAUCUUGAGAAGGGACUUAAAGUUGCACGAUUUUGUUGGCUUUUAUUGGGAUGAUAUCCACAAGCGCUAUAAUUUUUCUGUUCUUAAACGGGAAGAUUUAUAGUUUACAAUUCAUCCAUUUUAGAAAAUUCCAUCAAGUAUUCAUGUUCAUUCAUUUGUUACAAGUACUCUUCAGUGCUUUCUUUUCAUUUUUUUCUUGCUGUCAGUAUGAUACAGUAAAUAA